AUGGGUUUUUCUAUCAGGAGGGGUUUUAAUGCAGUGCGGUGACGGGGAUCGUGCGAAUGCGUGAUUGCUGCUGUGGGAGCUGUGAUGGUUGCGGUGAAGGUGAAUAGGAACCGCGAACUCAACUCCAGAGGAGUACUGACAUCAGAUCUCUCACCGCUCUACAGUACCUGGACCCCUGAUUGCUGGGGGAAGGGGCUUAGAAGCAUCAGCGAACUGAGGGAGCUAAGACCUCUGCUCCCAAGGAGUACGGGGGGACAGGACCCCUGACAGCAGGUGGGGGUCGUUCCAAUGGGUGGCUGCUGUUUGAGGAGGUGCCUUAAGCACUUGAAAGAGGCAGGGGUUCGGAGGCUGGAGAGAGGCCCUGGUAAGACAGAUGGGAGGGUACCAAAGGGUUGACAUGGUGAUUUGAGAAAGGGUGGUGUGAUGGUUUGUGUGGUCCUGAGCCAGUCAUAUCACGGCUCUGGAUGUCUUUCUCAUGUGUAAAGGGGAGGGGUUGGGCCUAGGAGCCAUCCUUGAGAGUAAAGGUGAGGUAGCAACUGUUGGAUCUUGAGAGAGAGGAUGCAGAUUGGCUGUGCAUGUGUCUCCCUGAGCUCCUGGAGGUGAGGAGGCACCAACAGGAUGUUCUGGUAUCUGUACAAGCAAUCCGGCCUGUGGUAAAGUGACCUGCGGUAAGGUGGAAGAGUGAGAAAGUGGGGUUCCUAGGAAAUCUGGGGCUAUUGGCUACUAGGGUGAUCAAAAGGACUUUGUGAGCAUGUAAAAACUGGGACUAGGAUGAUUUGAAGUGUGUGGAGAGUGCAAACUGAAUGUCCCAAGGGAGAGGAGGAGUUGGAUGGAGUCUAUUUGAGGCACCAAAGUAGAAUUAGCUGGAUAUUUGAGAGGCCCAGGUUCCCCAGAGCUGGUAACACCUCACAGGUUCCUGAAGGAUAGAAGCUAAAAUGACAAGCCAUUAUCAGAGCUCAGAUUUGAACUCUGGGCACUAUUUGUUAAAGAGCCUAAGAACAUAUUAUGGACCGUUUAGGCAAGUUAAGUAACUUCUGAGCCUUAGCUGCUCUUGUGGAAUAGGGAUAAUGAUUCCCAUGCUACAGGAUUGCUCUGAAGAUUAUAUAUGAGAUAAUGUAUGUAAAGUGCUCAGCACAAUCCCUAGUUCAUGUCUUUACCUUUUUUAAGCUAAAAAAAUGGCUGUAGGGUGACAAAAUAACUGACAGGGUGAAAGAUUGUGGUUGGGAACUAUUCUCAAGUUUUUCUGCAAGUUUUGGUAACUGCCUUCUCAUUUCCUUCUUCCUGUGUUCUUUUGGUCUCAAGGCACCAGCCCCAAAGCCUCAUUCCUCCCUUUUUUCCCUCUCCCAAGAUCCAGGCACCACGCUGGGCCACUUGCUCUGUCCCAGUUCAAUUUCCUCAUCCUAGACUCAUGCUCCUCCCUGCCCUUCCUCCCUCUCUCUGCUGUCAUAAUAACAAGAGAUUCAAGCUCUGAAGGAGGCCUCUGGGAAGGAGCAAAGGUGCGUGUUCUCUUGCAGAACCUGGGCCUCCAACUCUGGGACCCGGCCAGCAGAUGUGUACAGUCCAGGAGAAGGGGAAAGCGAAUGCCAGGAGUUGUAGGAACCGGCUGAGGGGAGGGCGGAUGCGAGUCUCCAGAAGAGAGCCGGGCCUGGGGUGGGGGAGAACCCCUUCCUCCUAAUCCUCUCUCCAGGAAUCCCUGGCUUUGGGACAGGACGGGUGUCGUUGGGUUGGGGGGGGGGCGCCCAGGCUGGGUGCAUGGCCUGGGUCACCAGCCAAAAGAACACGAUGUUCCCAAGUGCGCUGGCCGCCGCCCUCCCGGGCUGGCUGCCUCCCAAACCGCUGCCUCUCCAGCCUCCCUGCCCCACAUUCCCCGGCUGCCUCGCCCCGCCCCCUUCCUCCGCUUUGACGUCACCGCUGUCUCCCGCCCCCUCUCCUCCAUUGACGGCAGCAGGGCCUGGUUACUGUGGGGACCGUGAGGCAGGAUCCCGGUCAGGGCCUUGAAAACCGGUGGGGGCUGCUGGGGCGCUAGACCCUUUUGUCUAUGCGAAAGAAAAAUAUGGAGGUGGAGGUGGGAGAGCAAGGACUGCUUGUGUCAGGGGAGAUCACAUCUAAAGUCCUGGGAUCGAAGAAAAACGAUAUUUCUAGAGAAGAGUUGUCUGAAAAGGAGACAAGGGACCGGACACAGCGUUUGAGUUGGGGGUACAUUUCAAGGAGAGACAAAAAUCCAGUCUCCUGAAUCCUUUGUUUCCUGUGUUUAUUUUGUUUUGUUUUGUUUGUUUGUUUGUUUUUUGGUUAUUCUAUAAUCUUCCUGUGUCCAGCUUUUCCACAGAGCCCUUGCCCUGCCCACCCCCGCACCCUCCAUGGGGAACACUUGUUAAGGAAAGCUUAGGCCACGUGACAGUGAGGGGCGUGCACUCACAGCUGACUAUGUCAGCAUCAGCUUGGGGGCCUCUUCACUUGCCACCCACGUUUCCAGGGAACCCAGAGAGGAACUACUCAUCAGUCUUGGAUGGAGGAGGGGGUCUGUGUAACCACAACUCUCCGGGCCCAUGGUAGUACUUUAUUCCCCAAAAUUAGGAUUCAGUGUUCUCUUCUUCGCCUCUUAAAAAAAGUUUUUGUUUUUGUUUUUUUUUUUUUAAUAAUUUCCAGCCUCUUCUACAUUGCUGAGGUUCCUCCUCCUCCCCCAGCUAUCGUGUUUAUUUUUGUUUUACAACAAAAUCACAUGUUUAUUGGUCACCUACUGUGUGUCAUGUUCUGUCCUGCGGGCUGGGGAAUACAGUGAAGGAGACAGAUGAUGAAGUCCUUGGCUUUCUCUUCUAGCAGUGGGGAUCUGAAGCCCUUGCUACCCCACCUUCCUCUGUCUAGUGUCUCUUCUCUCAGCCACCCCCUUUGUUCCCCUGCAGCCCUGGCUUCCUGGCCCCUACUUUUGGGCAGCCCUAACUGUGGGUGGCUGCAUCCUCAGAAGAGAAGAGUCACUACGUAGGCUGCCCGGAGACCUUUUCUCUGAUUGGCCACAGAAGCACCUGCCAUUGUUUCCCUUCACAGCUCCUGCUGGCUCUGGCUGUCCCUUCCAUUGUUUGCAUCCUCCCCUCAACUCCACAACCCCCCUUAUAUGUGGACCCUCGAUUGCCCGCCUGGCUGUCCGUAGAAUUUGAAGUGUCAGAGAAAGGGGUUGGGUAAAAUGGCUUUAUUAUGCUGACAAGGCUGGGGAGGGGGAACCCAGGAAAGGCCAAGCUGGAUUUCUGUUUCCCCUUCUCCUCCCAGGGGUCAGCCAUGUCAUCCAGGUCCACUUCCUAAAGUCUGCAUUCUUUUUACCCACCCCUGGCAAGAUCAAGGUGUCCUAUUCUGCAAGACGGGUCAGUUCAGAAAGUGGACCACCCUUAAACACUUACUGUGGCCCAGGUAUUUUCCCGGAAGAGGGGCAGUUUACCUCCCCUCCCCUCCCUUACAUUAUUAACUGUGCAAGGCGUACUGCGCCCAUUGGCUGGGCAGUGGUAUCUGAGGCCCCUUAGCCCAGCGCCAGCACCCAGAUCCACGUGCGCCCGUGUGUGUGACACAGCCCUGACCUCAGGGGGGCCAGUAGCCAAUCGGGCGCCGGGACGAGAUCCCCAGCCAAUCGGGGGCGGGCCUGCGGCUCUGCCGGCAGGAGGCCAAUGAGGGGCAGAGCUUGGCGUUACGCAACCCGCCUCCUGGCCCCGCGGAGCUUCUACGCGGCUGCGGGCUGCGACGGCAGCGGGCAGCCGUCCGGAGUGCGCUCGGGCGGCCAGGUUCUGGCUGUGAUAGAACUUCUCAACCUUCUGAGGCUUGGGUCGGCCACCUCACUCCCCCAGCUAGGCCACCCGGUCCCUUUGUGCAUCCGUGGUGGCCCCUCCACCUUACCUGUUCUCCUCCUGUCCUCCCCAUGGUCCAGAUAUGAGCGGCCCCCUAGAAGGGGCUGAUGGGGGAGGGGACCCCAGGUCGGAGGAACCCUUUUGUCCCGGAGGCUCCCCAUCCCCUCGGCCUCCACAGCAUCGACCUCGUCCUGGCCCCAGCCUGGCUGAUGACACAGACGCCAACAGCAAUGGCUCCAGCGGCAAUGAGUCCAAUGGGCCCGAGUCCAGAGGUGCAUCUCAACGGAGCUCACAUAGCUCCUCUUCCGGCAAUGGCAAGGACUCGGCCCUGCUGGAGACCACUGAGAGCAGCAAGAGCACAAACUCUCAGAGCCCAUCCCCACCCAGCAGUUCCAUUGCCUACAGCCUCUUGAGUGCCAGCUCAGAGCAGGAUAACCCGUCUACCAGUGGCUGCAGCAGUGAACAGUCAGCCAGGGCAAGGACCCAGAAGGAACUCAUGACGGCACUGCGGGAGCUCAAGCUUCGGCUGCCACCAGAGCGCAGGGGCAAGGGCCGCUCUGGGACCCUGGCCACGCUACAGUACGCACUGGCCUGUGUCAAGCAGGUGCAGGCCAACCAGGAAUACUACCAGCAGUGGAGCCUGGAGGAGGGUGAGCCUUGUGCCAUGGACAUGUCCACCUACACUCUGGAGGAGCUGGAGCACAUCACAUCUGAAUACACGCUUCGCAACCAGGAUACCUUCUCCGUGGCUGUCUCCUUCCUGACAGGCCGCAUCGUCUACAUUUCUGAGCAGGCAGGGCUCCUGCUGCGUUGCAAGCGGGAUGUGUUCCGAGGCACCCGCUUCUCAGAGCUCCUGGCUCCCCAGGACGUGGGCGUCUUCUAUGGUUCCACUGCCCCAUCUCGCCUGCCCACCUGGGGCACUGGGGCCUCGGCAGGUUCAGGCCUCAAGGACUUCACCCAGGAGAAGUCUGUCUUCUGCCGUAUCAGAGGAGGUCCUGACCGGGAUCCAGGGCCUCGAUACCAACCAUUCCGCCUAACCCCGUAUGUGACCAAGAUCCGGGUCUCGGACGGGGCCCCCGCACAGCCGUGCUGCCUGCUCAUUGCAGAGCGCAUCCAUUCUGGUUACGAAGCUCCUCGGAUUCCCCCCGACAAGAGGAUCUUCACCACACGGCACACGCCUAGCUGCCUCUUCCAGGAUGUGGAUGAAAGGGCUGCCCCACUGCUGGGAUACCUCCCCCAGGACCUCCUGGGGGCCCCAGUGCUCCUUUUCCUGCAUCCUGAGGACCGACCCCUCAUGCUGGCCAUCCAUAAGAAGAUCCUGCAGCUGGCUGGCCAGCCCUUUGACCACUCCCCUAUCCGCUUCUGCGCCCGUAAUGGGGAGUAUGUCACCAUGGAUACCAGCUGGGCUGGCUUUGUGCAUCCCUGGAGCCGUAAGGUGGCCUUUGUGUUGGGCCGUCACAAAGUACGCACGGCACCCCUGAACGAGGAUGUGUUCACCCCCCCAGCCCCCAGCCCCGCUCUGUCCCUGGACCCUGACAUCCAGGAGCUCUCCGAGCAGAUCCACCGGCUGCUAUUACAGCCUGUGCACAGCCCCAGCCCCACAGGGCUCUGUGGAGUCGGCCCUGUGACUUCCCCAGGCCCUCUCCUCAGCCCUGGCUCCUCCAGUGACAGCAAUGGAGAUGAUGCUGAGGGACCUGGGCCUCCUGCCCCGGUGACUUUCCAGCAGAUCUGUAAGGAUGUGCAUCUGGUGAAGCAUCAGGGGCAGCAGGUUUUUAUUGAGUCCCGGGCCAGGCCUCUGCCCCGGCCCCGCAUCCCUGCUACAGGUACAUUCAAGGCUAAGACCCUUCCUUGCCAAGCCUCAGACCCAGAGUUGGAGGUGGCCCCUGCUCCAGUCCAGGCCCCACUAGCCUUGGCCCCUGAGGAGGCUGAGAGGAAAGAAGCCUCCAGUUGCUCCUACCAGCAGAUCAACUGCCUGGACAGCAUCCUCAGGUACCUGGAAAGCUGCAACAUCCCCAGCACGACCAAGCGCAAAUGCGCCUCCUCCUCCUCCUGCACCGCCUCUUCAGCCUCCGAUGACGACAAGCAGAGACCAAGCCCUGUCUCUGUGGGGACCAAGAAAGAUCCGUCGGCAGUGCUGUCUGGGGAGGGGGCCGCCCCUCGGAAGGAGCCGGUGGUGGGAGGCACCUUGAGCCCGCUCGCCCUGGCCAAUAAGGCGGAGAGUGUGGUGUCUGUCACCAGUCAGUGUAGCUUCAGCUCCACCAUCGUCCAUGUGGGAGACAAGAAGCCCCCGGAGUCGGACAUCAUCAUGAUGGAAGACCUGCCUGGCCUGCCUCCAGGCCCAGCUCCCAGCCCAGCCCCCAGCCCCAUGGUAGCCCCAGACCCAGCCCCAGAUGCCUACCGCCCGGUGGGCCUGACCAAGGCUGUGCUGUCCCUGCACACGCAGAAGGAGGAGCAGGCCUUCCUCAGCCGCUUCCGUGACCUCAGCAGGCUGCGUGGACUCAAGGGCUCCUCCACGACUCCCUCAGCCCCUGGCUGCCACCAUGGCCCUGCACCCCCUGGCCGCCGACACCACUGCCGAUCCAAAGCCAAGCGCUCACGCCACCACCAGACCCCCAGGGCUGAAGCCCCCUGCUAUGUUUCCCACCCCUCUCCUGUGCCCCCUUCUGCCCCUUGGCCCCCACCACCGACCACCACACCCUUCCCAGCUGUGGUCCAGCCCUACUCCCUCCCAGUGUUCUCCCCCAGAGGAGGCCCCCAGUCUCUUCCUCCUGCCCCCACCUCUGUGCCUCCUGCAGCUUUCCCUGCCCCUCUGGUGACCCCAAUGGUGGCCUUGGUGCUCCCUAACUAUCUGUUCCCUACCCCAUCCAGCUAUCCCUAUGGGGUAUCCCCGGCCCCCGCCGAGGGGCCUCUCACUCCUGCCUCCCACUCCCCUUCUCCACCCCUGCCUGCACUGCCGCCCAGCCCUCCCCACUGCCCGGACUCUCCACUCUUCAACUCGAGGUGUAGCUCCCCGCUCCAGCUAAAUCUGCUGCAGCUUGAGGAGCCCCCCCGUGUUGAGGGGGGUGCUGUCACAGGGGGCCCUGGGAGCAGUGCUGGGCCUCCGCCUCCCAGUGAGGAGGCUGCUGAGCCAGAUGCCAGACUGGUGGAGGUAACUGAGUCCUCCAACCAGGAUGCGCUCUCGGGCUCCAGCGAUCUGCUGGAGUUGCUGCUGCAGGAGGAUUCUCGCUCUGGCACAGGCUCUGCUGCCUCGGGCUCUUUGGGCUCUGGCUUGGGCUCAGGAUCUGGGGCAGGCUCCCAUGAGGGGGGCAGCACCUCAGCUAGCAUCACACGCAGCAGUCAGAGCAGCCACACAAGCAAAUACUUCGGAAGCAUCGAUUCUUCCGAGGCGGAGGCUGGGGCUGCCCAGGCCAGGGCUGAGCCUGGGGACCAGGUCAUUAAGUACGUGCUCCAAGAUCCCAUCUGGCUGCUCAUGGCCAAUGCUGACCAGCAUGUCAUGAUGACCUACCAGGUACCCUCCAGGGACGUAGCCUCUGUGCUGAAGCAGGAUCGGGAGCGUCUCCGGGCCAUGCAGAAGCAGCAGCCUCGGUUCUCGGAGGACCAGCGGAGGGAACUGGGUGCUGUGCACUCCUGGGUCCGGAAGGGCCAGCUGCCUCGGGCCCUUGAUGUGAUGGCCUGUGUGGACUGCGGUAGUAGCACCCAAGACCCUGGCCACCCUGAUGACCCACUCUUCUCAGAAAUGGAUGGACUGGGGCUGGAGCCCAUGGAGGAGGGUGGAGGCGAGGGUGGUAGCGGUGAGGGUGAGGGUGGAGAUGAGACCCUGGCCCAAACUGGGGCCAGGGUCUCGAGCUCUCAGGACCUGGCCAUGGAGGAAGAGGAACAAGGUGGGAGCUCAUUCAGUCCAGCCUUACUUGCCACAGAAAAUGGCACCAGCUAGACUAUAUUUUGGGGCCGCCUCUGGGAGUGCAUGAGAAGCUUCCUUCUUCCAUGUCCCGAUUCUCAGAACUCAGAUGUGGCUGGACCAACCAAUAGAAAACUGCCCCAGCUUCUCCUGCUGUAGGGGGCAGGACCCCCAUCACCAGCCCGGGAUCCAGAGGCUGCCUCCGGCCUCUUAGGGAACAGAGAGAGGAACUCUUCAGCCAAGCCCAGCCCAGUGAAGCCUCACUUCCCAUCCCUGGUGAGGAGUCCUUCCUUCCCCUGGACGAGGUUGCUGAUAAGCUGCUGAAGUGGUCUCUCCAAGUCCUAGCUGAGCCGGAGUCCCUGUCCCCAAGGGUUGGGGCUGCACUUAUUUAUUGGGGGAGACAGCCCUCUCUCCCACCUCUUCCCCAGACGGGAGGAGGAGGGAUUGAGGCCCAAGCAGGACCCAGCGGUCCAAACCCCUAGCUGCUCCAGGGUGGGGGAGGUUGGUGGACCAUGGAGUCCCUGGUGCUGCCCCUCAGGUGGGACCCAGGAGUUCUCAGCUGUACCCUCUACCGAUGGCAUUUGUGUUUUUGAUAUUGUGUCUGUUACUAUUUUUAAUACAAAAAGAAAAAAAAAUA